AUCAAUAACAUGUAGGUAUGGCCUUCGAUAAUGGAAUAAUUAGCCAAUGUGAUAACAUUGACCCAUUUUAAAUGGCUGGAUAUCAAACGGAUUGGGAGUUGUCUCCCUUUGACAACAUUGGCGUGAAGGCCUGCCAGGCCGCAGUAAGUGAGAUAAACACGAUGAUUAUAUGAUGUGGCUAUGUGUCUGUUUUCUGCAGGAAUAUAUUGAUGUUCGUAACAGGUCUGAUGCUAGAAGUGUUGCACAGAUCCUGCACCACAGUGUUGCACAGAUCCUACACCAGACUGAUGGCGAGACAAUUUACAAGCGGAGGCCAGACAUGUCCCAGCAGACCUUGUCUCAAUAUCAGCCCCCGUGUGGCGCUGGUAGAUGAGAGGAUCUCCAUCACAGCCAACAGUCUUCGUCCAUUACAGCGAGUGACAGUACAGGCAUGGGUGGAAGAAGGAAAGGCAGUCUUCAGCUCAUGUGGCCAUUUCCUUGCAGACCAACAAGGACAGAUCGAUGUCAGUCAACAUGCUUCCCUCGGGGGAACAUACAAAGGUGUCGACAGCAUGGGUCUGUUCUGGAGCCUGAAGCCUGUUCCAGGGGUGUCCACGAGGACUCGUAUUAUGAAGGCAGAUGUGACGACACCUCUGGUCUUCAGACUAUCAGUCAUAGAUGACCACAUCCCCUUUGAUGAUCUCCAGCUGCCCACAACAAUGGUGCUGGCAACAGGCGAGUUGCAACGCUGGUACAAGCACGGUUCUGUGAGGAGGAUUGCCGUGCGGGAAGGUUCCCUGAGAGGAACUCUCUUCUUGCCUGCAGGCGUUGGCCCCUUUCCUGGAGUGCUCGACAUGUUUGGUUCUACCGGAGGGCUGGUGGAGUUCCGAGCUGCAUUGUUGGCUUCUCGAGGUUUCGCUGCCUUCGCACUCGGCUACUUUGGUUAUGAUGACCUUCCCAAAUCAUUGGCUGACCUUGACAUGGACUACUUUCUUGAUGCUGUGGACUGGCUGGCCUCUCUUCCCUAUGUCCAGGCUGGAGGUAUCGGUGUGGUCGGUACCUCAAAGGGUGGUGAACUGGCCUUCCUGCUUGGCAUGUCCUGUGAUAAGGUUAAAGCUGUGGUGAACGUAAGUGGGUCUCCAAUAUUUUCAUUUGACGAUCUCAAGAAAUCAGGACAGGUCUUUGUGAAAGGAUUGCAUUUUGACAGAACUAAAGUUGAUCGUACUGAUGAGGGUGUUACUACAACCCGCUGCUUCCCGUAUGACCCUGCAACAUUUAUUCCGGUGUGGGAGAAAAAUGCAUCAUUGUUAUACUUGUGUGGAGAAGAAGACGGCACAUGGACAACUGCCAAUGCUAAUAAAUUCAAGGACAGUUUCCCAGCAGAGAAGAGGGAUAACAUUGAAGUUGUCAUCUACCCAAGGACGGGGCACCUCAUAGAACCACCAUACAUGCCCCUAUGUAGAUCAUCUUAUCACAGAAUGCUAGACAUAACUCUCGUGUGGGGAGGACAGCCUGAAGCUCAUGCUGCAGCCCAGGAGGACGCCUGGAAGAGACUCCUCCACUUCCUCCAAAAACAUCUAUCACAAGAGUGUCUCACCUCUAGUCGAUUAUAGCUUAAAAGCACUCUUCUGUACCUUUUGAUAUUUUGUUUCUAGUCUGUCCACUUCCUCAAGAAACAUCUAUCACAAGAGUGUCUCACCUCUAGUCGAUUAUAGCUUAAAAGCACUCUUCUGUACCCUUUGAUAUUUUGUUUCUAGUCUGUCCACUUCCUCCAGAAACAUCUACCAUGGGAGCAUCACACCUCAGGUCGAUCAAUUAUCGCUGAUACUGUUCGAAGUCACAUGGUUGAUGUUGGAGGUGAUUUAGGGACCGACCCCGACCAUUUGAUAUUAUAGGAGCAUGAGCAUAAAUAAUUUGUCCUCAGGUAUUCGCCCCAACAAAAAAUAAAUUUAUUUCCAGACCUGCUGGAUGUCCUGAAAAAAAGUGAACAUAUUGUAUUUAUCAGCUCCUCCUUUCACAGAAAAUAUGUGUGUUUUGAAGUUGUCCACCUAAAAAUAUAUUGUUCCCCACCCUCCAUGAAAUUAAAAUGGUGGGUCCCCCCCCCCCCCCAAAAGAGAUUUGUUGGUCACAAUGACUUCAGUGUAUAGGAAGUGCUUGGAUGAUAGCUACUUGGAAUUUCUAACUCUGAGCUUGUAAAAAUGUUGUCUCAUCCUCAGCAGUGAAGCUGACUGAUGACUUUCUGGCAGUUUUCAUAAGAUUUAUUGCCGGUUCGCCCCAAUUAUGUUUCUAAUUUUGUCAGCGCCAUACCCGUGCUCGUGGGUUUGACCGAAGUGGUAAACAUUUGAGACCUGCAUCACUUCAGGCUUUCCUCCCACAUGAAGCUGACAUGCCAUGAUAUAACUGAAAUACUGUUAAAAGCGGUGUUCAACCCAACUCACUCACUCACUCCUCCAAAAGAGAGACGUAUUGUUUUUGGCUCGUUCCCUUUGGCACCCCAAUCCUAGUCUGAGCCAUAACUUGAAAACCAAGCCACAUUUUUCAACAAAACUUGGCAUAUGCUUUGCUCAUCAGCUAAACUGGUGCCUUUUGCUAUGUUGGAUUUUUCUAAAUCUUAUUUUGUUUCGUUUCUAUAGAAACAAUGUGAACUCUAGGCUUCGUAUCCAAGCCAGAACUCUCAAACAAAAGAAUAUUUUUGCAUGAAACUAUACAUGUGCAAUGACAACAUACCACAUACUAUCGCCUUUUAAUAUUUUAAUACUUUAAAUUUGAAUCAAACCAGAAGCAUUUGUUUCCUGCCAAAACUCUACAGCUAAAGAAUAUUUCUGCAUGAAACCAUUAUCUUUUCAGGCUAAAAUAUAUGUCAUGCAUUUAUCAUCAGCUGAAUUGCUGCCUUUUGCUAUUUUUAAUUUUUCACGUUUCCAUAAUCCGCUUCCGUGUAUUUAUCUUGAAUGACCCCUUUUCACCUCAACUCACACGUUUCCAUAUAAACAGUUUGCACUGAGUUUCCAAUGAUUAUAGCUGACAAUUUAGUCAGCUGAAAUAUGUGAAUACAAAUCAGCACUGGUUUUCCAUGUAUAUUGUUACUCUGACCUUCUGUUUAUCAGUUUAUUGUAGUUCUCUUGCUUAAAUUGACACACCAUGAAUAAUUUCUAACGAAUGAUUUCACACAUGAAAUAAUUUCCACAGUGCCACAAGAGUGAGAAGACAAGUACUACCCUAUCACUGUACUUAUUAUUUGUCCAUAUUUAGAAUUUUGUCCAUGCUCACAUAUUUGCCAACAUAUAUUGCUGUCAGACUUUUCAUUAUGUUGGCAUAUAUAUGCAUUUAUCAGUUUGUGCGGGUAUUUUUUUGCUAUUAUUGUUUUUGCAUUUGCAAACCCAUUUAUGGUAACAAGUUGAACAAAUGUAUCAAAAUAAGGAAGGGGGAGGCAUAUUUAUUUAUAAGCAAAAUCACAUUCUAGUUCAUAUUGUUAAUGAUCACUUGCCACCAAAAUUCAUUUUUGUGUCUUUUAGCUGAGUUAAACACACAUAGGAAAUUGCUCUGCAAUAAAUAUGUAUUCUUCAGACAUUAACUUCUGUCUCGUCAGUCACCACCUGCACCUCUGACACUCCCAUCUGCGAUGGUUACGCCCACCAGAGGCGUUGUACGUUGGCGUUGUACUUCAUCGCCUCAGAGGCAGCCUACGUCAACUUGACGCCCCACAGUCGUCAACUACUACAGGCGUCUUGUGUCAGCGCUUCUCAGGGUCCUCGUUCACGUAUGCCUCUGUCACCUCGACCUAGAGCGCCCGAGGUGGCUGAUGCAGCUGUGAUCUCGCCUCCUCGUCUGGCUGGAUUUAUUCCAAAUCAUCCGAAGAGUUGCCAUUUAUGCCACUAUUUACUCAAGUCAAUAUGACUUUAAAAGUCAAAGUUCAUGUGAUUAUAUUGUAUUUUUUUAACCUAUGUACUAAUUUUGAAGUAAAAAAGUUGAAAGAA